ACUGCCUGAAGCAGUCGCCGCGAUACCUUAGAAUCAUGCGAACGCAUUCGAUGCACUGCGCACUGUACCCGGGAAAACUUUGAAAACAAAAAAAAACUUUAAUAACUCUUGCUAAGUUACCACUCCAUCGGACGCACUUGCGUUUCAAGUCUAAAAAGUUUUUUGAAGUUGGUAAACUUUUUUUACGGGUGGAAAUUCGUCUCUAGAGACGAAUUUUCACCCUGUAAUUGUAUUUCGUGUCCCAGUUUCAUAAAUAUGAUGCCCAACAUUUACCAAGUGACAAAAUAAUGAAAAACUUUCAAACAGACAGUCAUGCACUUAACUUUGUUCGAAUUUGGUUGAGUUAAGUGUAAACAACUGUGAAGGCAAAAUGAUGUCCCAACACCUAUCGAGCAUGUUCGAACAGCUCGGAAACUUUACCAAGAAUAAUCUGACGCAUAAUAGCAAGUUGGUGAAAGAGAAGGAUAAUAAGUCAAGUGCGAAUCACGUAGGAGUCGCCGCUGGAGGCGGAGGCGGCAACCAGCAGCCGUCUCCCUCCCACAAACAGUGUCCGGCGCAACCUCCACCGCCGCUGAAGAAGCCCUGCAAGCUGAGGAAUGUUGCUUCCAAAGCAGAGUCCUAUGACACACUCUAUGGAAACAGUAUUCUGCCUACACUAUGCAACGAGAGAGCAUGCCUGGGCAGCCUCAUGGCGAUACCGGGCCGGGGUGACGUGCCGCGGAGCCCAGAAGAAGUCCUUAGCGACGCAAAAGACUUUCUUGGACAAUACUUCGCCUCUAUACGAAGGGCCAACACCGUAGCUCAUGAAGCUCGCUGGAAGACGGUACAGGAGGAGGUGGUGAAAACUGGCACCUACCAGCUGACUACCACAGAGCUGGUGUUUGGAGCUAAGCUGGCUUGGAGGAAUGCGAGCCGAUGCAUCGGCAGGAUACAGUGGUCUAAACUUCAGGUUUUCGACUGCCGACAAGUGACCACAACCAGUGGAAUGUUUGAAGCGCUCUGCAAUCAUAUCAAAUACAGCACCAAUAAGGGAAAUAUCAGGUCAGCGAUCACCAUGUUUCCUCAACGCACAGACGGCAAGCACGACUACAGGAUAUGGAACAGCCAACUGAUCAGUUACGCCGGCUACAAGCAGCCUGAUGGCACUGUGCUGGGGGACCCUAUGCAUUGCGAGUUUACGGAGCUUUGCAUGAAACUGGGCUGGAAGCCGCCACGUACUGCGUGGGAUAUACUGCCGCUCGUUCUAUCGGCUAACGGCAAGGACCCUGACUAUUUCGAGAUCCCCCGGGAGCUAGUCAUGGAGAUUCAUAUGACACACCCCACGUAUGAGUGGUUCGAGGAGUUGCAACUGCGCUGGUACGCGUUACCAGCCGUCUCCAGCAUGCGUUUCGACUGCGGCGGCAUAGAGUUCACAGCCAAUGCCUUCAACGGCUGGUACAUGAGCACCGAGAUUGGGUGCCGGAACUUCUGUGACACCAAUCGAUUGAAUAUGUUGGGGAAAGUAGCAGCGAAGAUGGGCCUAGACACGCGGACGCCAGUGAACCUCUGGAAGGACAAAGCUCUGGUGGAAGUGAACGUGGCGGUACUGCACAGCUUCCAGCAGCACAACGCCACCAUUGUGGACCAUCACACCGCUUCCGAGAGUUUCAUCAAGCAUUUAGACAACGAGAAUAGAUUACGGUCCGGCUGCCCAGCAGAUUGGAUAUGGAUCGUGCCGCCGAUGUCUUCGUCCAUCACACCUGUUUUUCAUCAAGAGAUGGCGCUUUAUUACCUCAGGCCUGCUUAUGAAUAUCAGGAACCGGCGUGGAAAACCCAUCAAUGGCAAAAAUCAAAGCCGAUCACUGGCAAGAGGCCUAUAAAUAGAAAGUUCCAUUUCAAGCAGAUUGCGCGAGCGGUGAAAUUUACAUCCAAACUCUUUGGUCGAGCACUCUCUAAGAGGAUUAAGGCAACCGUUCUGUAUGCAACCGAGACUGGCAAGUCUGAGCAGUAUGCGAAGGAAUUAGGGGUUAUAUUUGGACACGCUUUCAAUGCUCAGGUUCAUUGCAUGAUGGAUUAUGACAUCACGUCUAUUGAGCACGAAGCGCUUCUGCUGGUAGUCACGUCGACUUUCGGAAAUGGUGAUCCGCCAGAAAAUGGUGUGGCCUUCGGAGAGAAUUUGUGUGAGAUUUUGUAUGCGGAUCAAGUUGGAGAGGACUCUUCUGGGGGCUCACAACUUUUAACGCCGAAAUCGUUAAUCAAGGCGAACAGUCAAAUUGAAUAUCAAAAGUAUGCCGUCGGGAAUCCAAGACAACUUAGUCGAUUGGAGUCUUUGAAAGGAAGUGCAACAGAUGCGACAUCGAUCGACAGUUUCGGUCCGUUGAGCAACGUCCGUUUCGCCGUAUUCGCCCUCGGCUCGAGCGCCUAUCCGAAUUUCUGCAACUUCGGCAAGUACGUGGACAAAUUGCUGGGUGACCUCGGCGGGGAACGAAUCCAUGACCUUGCCACCGGCGACGAAAUGUGCGGCCAAGAUCAGGCCUUCCGGAAGUGGGCCUCUAGUGUCUUCAACGUUGCGUGUGAAACUUUCUGUUUGGAUGACGAUGAAACCCUGCAAGAAGCUAAAAGGGCGCUAGGAACAGUUGCACUGAGUGAAGAAACAGUGAGGUUCAUAACUCCUGAAGUCAAACCGCCAGAGUUGCUAACCGCUCUGCAAUCUACGAUGAACAGGCAGCUAACUACGUGCAUAGUUAAAGCUAACAAAGAUUUGGGAGAUACAUCAGCUGAAAGAUCAACCAUUUUCAUUGAUAUGGAGCCAAUGGGAGAAAUAAAUUACGAUCCCGGAGACCAUGUUGGUAUAAUGGCUUGUAAUCGUAAAGAAUUAGUUGAUAGAUUGUUGUCACGUUUGAAGGACGUCGACAAUUAUGAUGAACCGUUGCAAUUGCAGCUUAUGAAAGAGACUCACACAUCAAGCGGUCCUGUGAAAUCCUGGGAGCCUCAUGAGAAACUGCCACCGAUCACUUUGCGUGAUUUAUUCACGCGGUUCCUAGAUAUAACCACGCCACCAACUACUAUUCUAUUACAAUAUUUAGCUACAACUUGUGAUAAUGAAGAAGAAAGAAAACAACUUAGCACACUUGCCACGGACCCAGCCGCUUAUGAAGAUUGGCGACAUUAUCAUUUCCCGACUCUACCAGAAGUAUUGACUCAGUUUCCGUCAACCAAGCCCAGAGCUUCCCUCCUUGCAGCCAUAUUGUCACCUUUGCAACCGAGGUUUUACUCCAUCUCUUCAUCACCAAUCGCCCAUCCAAAAAGGUUACACCUUACAGUCGCGGUCGUCACAUACCGAACUCAAGAUGGCGAAGGCCCCGUCCACUACGGAGUUUGCUCAAAUUAUCUCAUGGAUCGUAAGCCUGGAGACGAAGUUUAUCUAUUCAUUAGAAGUGCUCCAAACUUCCAUCUUCCUCAUGACUUGUCCGUGCCUCUCAUACUGAUAGGUCCGGGUACAGGUAUAGCACCUUUCCGAGGAUUUUGGCACCAUCGUAAAGCGCUUCUCAAUACACGCACACGUUCUAAUAUUGGUCCUGUUUGGCUGUUCUUUGGAUGUCGAACUAGGACUAUGGAUCUGUACAGAGAGGAGAAGGAACAAGCUCUUAAGGAUGGAGUACUUUCAAAAGUGUUCCUUGCUUUAUCCAGGGAGAAAACCAUUCCCAAGAUGUAUGUCCAAGAGUUGGCUGAAAUGGAAGGAGCUGAAAUUCACGAUUUAUUGGUCAAUAAAGGUGGACACUUUUAUGUUUGCGGCGAUUGUAAAAUGGCUGAGGACGUCAAUCAGAAAUUAAGGGGAAUAAUCAAGAAACACGGUGAUAUGACUGAUGAACAAGUACAAAACUUCAUGUUUAUAAUGAAGGAGGAGAAUCGUUAUCACGAAGAUAUCUUUGGUAUCACGCUACGUACAGCAGAGGUCCACAGUGCAUCACGCGAGUCGGCUCGUAGAAACCGAGUUGCCGCACAGCCAUGACGCCGGUCUUCUAGGUUUCAUCCGAAUCAGAACCAUCUUGUGAACAAGCUUAGCAUUUUACCAAAAACAUAAUAUACUUAAUUAAAAUAUUUGAAUUUAUUGUCAUUGAAUAUCGUAGGUUUAACAUGCGCUAUUUACACACUUUUGAAAUCAUCAGAUUCAAGUUCUCACGUAAUAAAAAUAUUUUGGUUUUCGUUGAUUCAGCCUUUGCAACUAAGGAUUUGUUAUAUGUUAAGCAGUUUUGGCAUAACUUUACCAACUACUUUAAUCAAAUUAAAAAGACAUCAUCAUUUUCUAUCAAACGUUUAUUUGUUUCAGUUGUUAUUAGUUCACUUUUAUGUUACUGUGUCAAUUAGAGUAUGUAGAGUAUGAUUGGAUGAUUUUUAAGGCGGCAUGAUUAAUAAGGGAUUUUGUACAUAAGUAUGAAAAAUAAUGGAAAAAUAGCAACCUCAAUACUGUGACUUAAAUCAUACCAAAUAUUUGCAUGGGUGUACGUAUCCAUUACCUAAUUCCUUGUGUUAAAAUUAAAAGCAGGGUUAAGAUUUUUACGCACAAUUAAUUUUUUGUAAUCCUUAGAAGCCUGGAUGUUACUAUCGAUUAGACUAAGGCUAAGUAAAUACAAACUUACUUCUACAUUAUGAAUUAACUUCAUGCUUUUCAGGUCGUAAUUUUCAUAGAUUAAAAAUUAAAUUCAUUAAAAAUAAUAAUCAAGCUUUUGAAGGAUUUACUAUUUUUUAUUACACUAUCCAUUAUAUCAUUAUACUCAUGUAAAUUAUAAUGCAUUUCGCUAUCGACAUUUUAAUGAUAUUCUAGUAAUUAUAAUGUUAUUUUUUUAACAAUAUUUUUAGUUUAUUGUAACUUAAACAAGAACAACGAGAGUUUAUUUUUGUUAAAUGUUUGUGAUUGCCAAAAUUUGUACAAAUAUUUCGUAGCUAGUUUAAUUUGGCCUUUGUAAAUAAAAUUUAUAACACUAAAUUUUGUUUUAGUAAUAAGUUAUUCAUAUUAUAUAAUUUACUUUUAUAUCACAAUAUUCUAAAAGAAUUUAUUUUUUAAACAACUAUCUACUUAUAUAUAUUUUUAAGAUGUUUUGAAGAAUUGUUUAACUAAAAUUCUUUAAGAAUAGAAAAUAUUAUAAUGUUUAAAUCUACCUAUAUUAACCCAAACUGUGUAAUUCCUAUUGUUCUAUCUUCUACGCUGUUAGUUGUGAAUGUUAAAUUUUGUGAUCCUUUACGCUAGUCCUAAGAAAUGUAAUUCAUAUUUUCUAUUGUAAUAUUUCUAAUGAUUAAUAUUUCUAUAUCGACAUAAAAAUAAAUUAUUAUUAUUGUCUUUACCAAAAUAUUUACAAUUGGAGUAAAAUCUUCUUAUUGCACUUAUGGGACUAAAAUAAAUGUUAUUAUCAGAUUCAUAUCAAGGUAUUGUUCGCACUAUUUCAGCUAGUAUAAAAUUUGACUACGCAAAAGGAAUAGAUUAAUACUGCUAUUUGCGAAUAUUGAAUUUAAAAUUGUCUGUUAAUUAUCAAAUAAAGUUCCUUGAUAUUCGGAAAU